GAUCAUCAUACAGGCACAUUUGAUGACAAAGUAUCCACUCCAAGUCUUCAACACCCUGAUAGAUGGGCCUCUGCAUUGAACCAGAGCCCAUACUUGAAAAAGGGUCCUUGUAAAAAAAGUCUAUUUAUAGUGGAUUGACGUUGACCCGUUUGGAAAUUUUUGAUAUAGAACGUGGAAUUUGGCAGCUAAUGAUGACACAUGACAGCUUUUAAUUGGGCGUAUGACAAUAGCAGACUGAGAUCUUUCUCCCGGGGGAAAGAAUCUUCAGCUUACUCCAGUAACAGUUCUACUUCUACAUAUAUAGAUGGUCAGACACUGAGAAAGGAGAAUCAUACGACAUCGUUCAACCUUUCUCCCUCCCAGGAGAAAAGCCCGCGCAACAGUCCCCCUCUCGUCCCCGCUUCUCUUUUUAUACCGUUUCCCUUUUCAAAUUCCCCCGUGAGCCAGACUUCUAGGGUUCUUGGACCUCUGCUUCUACUCCUCCUCUCCCUCGUCGAAGCUUUCUUACGUCUUUCUCCCAUUGAUUCGCUGAUCAAGUAAGAAGAGCUUCUCUUCCACUCUCUGCUUUUAUCCGCUUCACCUUUCGUCCUGUCUUUCCUCCCCAGAUUUCUAUUUGAUCUGUUUAUGUGCUCUUCAAGUUAUCUAUUAUGUUGACAAGCGAUUCCGUUCUCUUCAUCUUCACUGAGAAAGAUCGAAUUUGGUCGUUGCUAGCUAGGGUUUCGAUUUCGCUAUCUGAUUAAGUCUUGGGGGUGUGACUCUAGGGGUUUUAUUCAUUGUUGAAAUUCUUUUAUUAGGGUUUUGAUUUGGUGGAAGAAGAAAAAGAGAACAAUGGGAGGAGGAUUCAGGGUGCUGCAUCUGGUGAGGCCGUUCCUUCCUAUUUUACCUGAAGUCCAGAGUCCUGAUAGGAAGAUCCCCUUUCGAGAGAAGGCAACCUACACUGUGAUCGCUCUGUUCAUCUACCUGGUGUGCAGCCAGCUCCCGCUCUUUGGCAUACACGAGACUACAGGCGCGGAUCCAUUCUAUUGGAUGCGCGUCAUGCUCGCUUCCAGCCGGGGGACGGUGAUGGAGCUUGGGAUUACCCCGAUCGUCACAUCGGGAAUGGUGAUGCAGCUCUUGGCUGGUUCUAAGAUCAUUGCUGUUGACAACAGCGUGCUUGAGGAUCGCGCUUUACUGAAUGGCGCACAAAAGCUGUUGGGGAUCCUGAUUGCGGUUGGUGAAGCUGUUGUAUAUGUGCUCUCUGGGAUGUAUGGAAACGUUGGUCAGUUGGGAGUUGGGAAUGCGAUUCUCAUCAUUAUUCAGUUGUGCUUUGCCGGAAUCAUUGUCAUGUGUCUGGAUGAACUGCUCCAGAAAGGCUAUGGUCUUAGCUCUGGGAUUUCUCUUUUCAUUGCUACCAACAUCUGUGAAAACAUCAUCUGGAAAGCAUUCAGUCCAACGACAAUCAACAGCGGCCGUGGAGCUGAGUUUGAGGGCGCUGUGAUUUCCUUGUUCCAUCUCCUGAUCAUAAGGACAGACAAAAUUCAUGCUCUGAGAGAGGCUUUCUAUAGGCAGAAUCUCCCAAACGUCACCAGUUUGCUCGCGACGAUCUUGAUCCUCCUUCUCGUUGUCUAUCUCCAAGGUUUUCGUGUCGUGUUGCCCGUGAGAUCGAAGAAUGCUCGUGGGCAGCAGGGCUCUUACCCGAUCAAGCUUUUCUACACCUCCAACAUGCCUAUUAUUCUCUAUCAUGCACUUGUUUCCAACCUUAAUAUCAUCUCUCAGUUGCUUUCCAGGAAGUACGGUGGAAACUUCGUUGUCGACUUGUUGGGACAGUGGAAGCAGUCUGAAUAUUCUGGCGGUCAGUUCGCUCCCGUUGGUGGUCUGGCAUACUACAUAACUUCACCAGCAAGCUUGGCAGAUGUAGCAGCCGAUCCAUUCCACGCAUUGUUUUAUCUAGUAUUUAUGCUGGGAGCUUGCGCCCUGUUCUCCAAAACCUGGAUUGAGGUGUCAGGGUCGUCUGCUCGCGAUGUGGCCAAGCAACUUAAGGAGCAACAAAUGGUGAUGCCAGGACACCGGGAUUCGAAACUGGAGAGGGAGCUGAACCGAUAUAUCCCCACGGCAGCUGCCUUUGGUGGGAUCUGCAUCGGUGCAUUGACUGUGCUGGCGGAUUUGAUGGGGGCAAUAGGUUCUGGAACAGGGAUUCUGCUGGCUGCCACCAUUGUCUGCCAGCUCUAUGAGACCUUCGAGAAGGAGAAGGCCCGUGAACUCGGCUUCUUUGGCUUUUGAGCGAGCUACUAGUGAGAGUGACAGACUUGAAAUGUCCAUAUUCAUCGUUAUAAAGUAGUACAAUUUUAACAUGAAAAUUUACCGGAAGAAUCUGAGUGUUGACCACGAUUAGUCAUGCUAUUGAUAAAUGUAUGAGGAUGAUUAACAUAAUACAAAAGAAGUAACAUGUAUGAGGAUGGACCUAAUUUUAAACUAAUUCAACCGACAUCCAAUUUAGGAGUGAAUAAAAAUAAACUAGCUCGAGCUUGACUCUGUAGAGCUCGAUAAAUGCUCAUUAACAUAGCUUGUCAAACUGAGUACAAGCUCAGCCAAGAUGAGCUUGAUUUAAAAUCAUUCUUGCUAAAAAAAUGUGUAAACAUAAGAAUUUAAAUGAUAGAAAGAACACUAAAAACUAUAAAUAACAUCUAAAUUU